UGGCCAUUCCGUUGCUAGGGUACAAGCUCCGUAGCAACCGAACCACCGAGAGACAAAAUUGAGAUUUUAGGUUUUUGCCUUUUAAUCUACAGAGGAUGACGGCGCUCCUCCCUGCACUGAGGCCGGAGACAGGAGCGUUACCUUGAAAUAAAAAUGCCAGCCACACAAGUAAUAAAGCAAAAACCUGUAGAGGCUACAAGAAAAACCCUCGAGAAGCCCAAACCGGUGAAGGUAAGAGCGGUCAACGGGACAGAAAAUGAACUCAAAGUGCCCGCUGUGCGUAAAAGCCGCGCGUCGAGCUGCCCGAGGUGUCCGCAGCGGGACAGCAGGUGCGAGAGGAGCACCGGGGCGCAGCGCGCAGCCGUAAAGACGAGCUGUGAGAGGAGAGCCAGGUCCAGCUCCACCGCAAACUGCCCCAAGACAAACCCGGACUGUCGCAGGGCGACUAACUCUUUGAAACACGCUGCUGUUUACCCAAAAUGCCAAGAGAUGGCCGCCGGUCCGGGUCCGAGGGAGCAGCGGGGGGUCAGGGCUGAGACAAAACAUGCAAGUCAGAGUCCCAAAGCUUUCACUGUCAUCCCCCCGAACCCAAAGAAAAGAAGAGAGAUCCAGAGAAAGGCGGAAGCGGAGCUCGCUGCUUUGGAGGAGCUUCGGCUGAGCAGAGCGAUGGCUUACGUCUCCAUUAACCCCAGCAGCGUUGGUGGCUGUAUGAGUCUGGAGGAAGUACGGCUGAAGCAGCAGCAGGAAAUGAUGCAGGCCAAGAGGAAACCG